AUGAAAUUUUCCGCUGCAUCUUUGACUGCUUUCGUCUCAGCUCAACGAGGAUUCGAUCCUACUGAAAGUGAAAGAGUCGACAACUCGGUUCGUCGAUACUUUCAGCUUACCACCAUGAUGGAGCACGUCAACCCCGAAUUCGACGAGAAAAAAUACUGGACUUACGGAUGCAACUGUCUUGUUCUCGGUGACCGACCCAUGUCUGACCCCGGCAAAGGACAACCAGUUGAUGAGCUCGACUCUGUUUGCAAAGCCUACAAGGAUUGCAUCAAGUGUGCCAAAAAGACUCACGGAGAAAUGUGUCUUCCUGAGUUUGUCGAGUACAAGUUCCGAAUCGCAAAGUCCGAUGAAAUCAUCUGCCGAGAUGACAAGGGCUCUUGUGGACGAGACUUGUGCAUGUGCGACAAGAUGUUUGCCCAAAAGCACGCAUCUGUCAAGGACGUCUUUGACGAACAAUACCACAUGUUCUGGGCGCCAAACGGCUGGGAACCCGCUGAACAAUGCUUCAGAAAAGGCAACCAGUACUCCGAUCCUCAGUGCUGUGGAGGUUCAACAUCGCCAUUUGUUCAGUUCAACGGAAACAGAAAAGAAUGCUGCGCGGAUGGUUCAGUCGCGAUGAUCGGAUCAUGCUAG